AUGAAUAGUAAAAAAAAAUUCCCCAUCGUUAAGAUCAAAUCAGCAGCUCAAUCUAUAUCUUCUGUUUCAGAUCUGUCAGGUUCUAAUUCCCCAACAAUUCAAAAUAAAAAACAGACCCCAUGGAGUUUGACAAUCGAACAAACCGAACAAGAAUUCAAAACAAGUACAACUAAAGGCCUUAGCAAUGAAGAAGCUGAAGCUCGAAUUGCCAAAUAUGGUCUUAAUCAAUUAGACCAAGGAGAAAGUAUUUCGAUUAUUAAAGUAUUGAUGAGACAAGUAUGCAAUGCAAUGGUUCUUGUACUUUUAAUUUCAAUGGCUAUAUCCUUCGGCAUUAAGGACUGGAUCGCUGGCGGCGUUAUCUCUGGUGUAAUUGGCAUUAAUGUUUUUGUGGGAUUUAUCCAAGAAUAUAAUGCCGAAAAAACCAUGGAGUCUCUUCGAUCAUUAUCUUCUCCCACCGCUAGAGUUAUAAGAAACGGCACUGAUGAGACUAUACCUUCAAUUAAUGUUGUCCCAGGAGAUUUAAUUGUCGUCAAAGUUGGCGAUACUGUUCCAGCAGACCUAAGAAUAGUUGAUUCCAUGAACUUUGAAACCGAUGAAGCUUUAUUAACUGGCGAAUCUCUUCCAGUAUCUAAAGAUCAAAGUCUAAUAUUUCCCAUUGACUGCGGUGUCGGAGAUCGCAUUAAUAUGGCUUACUCUUCCUCCAUUGUUACUAAAGGUCGCGCUACUGGUAUCUGCACUAGUAGUGGUAUGUUUACAGAGAUUGGUGUCAUUGCAAUGUCUUUGCGAUCUCAAAAUAAGGGCUUUCGACCGGUUAAACGCGAUGAGUUUGGUAAAGCACAUAAAAGAGACUAUGUGGGUGCAUUCGUCGGCACAAUCAAAGAUGCCAUUGGGGCAUUUCUCGGAGUCAAUGUGGGCACGCCUCUUCAAAGAAAACUAGCACAAUUAGCAAUAUUUCUUUUUGGUGUUGCUGUUAUAUUUGCGAUUGUCGUCAUGGCCGCUCAAAAAUUUAAGGUUAACCGUGAAGUUGCAGUCUAUGCAAUUGCCGUUGCCUUAUCCAUGAUUCCUGGUUCUCUUGUUGUCGUCCUUACAAUCACUAUGGCUGUAGGGACAAAAGUCAUGGUUAAACGCAAUGUUAUUGUUCGGAAGCUUGAUUCACUCGAAGCGCUGGGUAUUGUGAGCGACAUUUGUUCUGACAAGACUGGCACUCUUACACAAGGUAAGAUGGUUGGCAGAAAGGUUUGGAUUCCUGCAGUGGGGACUUAUCAGGUAAUCAAUUCUACCGAGGCUUUUAAUCCUACAACUGGUCAGGUGACAUUUUCCCCUAAUACACCGUAUGAGGACAGCAUUGAAGAUGAUGUGCACCAAGAAUACCCCCAACCUCAUCCAAAGUACUUUACUGAAUGGUUAAACUCUGCAUCUCUUGCAAAUAUUGCAAAUAUUCAUUGCGAGGCUGAUGAAUCUGGUAAUAAUGUAUGGAAAGCCAAUGGAGAUCCUACAGAAAUUGCAAUCCAGGUAUUUGCUCACCGCCUAGACUGGCAAAGAAACAAAUGGACCGAAGGUGAAAACCCUAAGUUCACGCAUCUUGCCGAGUUCCCUUUUGAUUCUUCCAUUAAACGCAUGAGUGCUAUUUACAAGGAAAAUUCAACUGGGCAUGUGUACGUUUUUACAAAGGGGGCAGUAGAACGUGUUCUUGAUUGCUGCUCCACUUGGUAUGGAGGCUCCAAUCCUGAUGAAAAUGGCGUUUCAACACUUACAGAAGAAGAUACUCAGUUGGUUUUUAAAAACAUGAAUGCUCUUGCAAAACAAGGUCUGAGAGUGCUAUCCUUUUCUUUCAAACUUUACACUGGACCCAAAGAUAUCAACUGGAAAGAAGUAAAUCGUAACGAUAUCGAAAAAGAUCUUCACUUCUUAGGACUAAUUGGUAUUUAUGAUCCCCCUCGUCUCGAAUCCGCUGGUGCUGUUAAAAUGUGCCACCGCGCUGGAAUUAAUGUCCACAUGCUUACUGGUGAUCAUCCAGGUACUGCAAAGUCAAUUGCUCAAGAAGUUGGAAUUCUACCGCAUAAUCUCUAUCACUAUCCAGAAGAUGUCGUUAAAGCAAUGGUUAUGACUGCACAACAGUUUGAUUCUCUUUCUGAUGAAGAAAUUGAUGCUCUUCCCGUUUUGCCACUGGUAAUUGCUCGUUGCGCUCCUCAGACUAAGGUUCGCAUGAUUGACGCUCUCCACCGCCGUAAGGCCUUUUGUGCCAUGACCGGUGAUGGUGUCAAUGACUCACCUUCUCUUAAGCGUGCCGACGUUGGUAUUGCAAUGGGUAUUUCAGGCUCGGAUGUUGCUAAAGAUGCUUCUGAUAUUGUUUUGUCUGAUGAUAACUUUGCGUCUAUUCUUAAUGCGGUUGAAGAGGGUCGUCGCAUGGCUGCUAAUAUUCAAAAGUUUGUUUUACAUUUACUUGCUGGUAAUGUUUCACAGGCAUUGUUUUUACUGAUUGGACUUGCAUUUCAAGAUGAUGAUGGGUAUUCAGUUUUUCCAUUAUCUCCAGUUGAGGUUUUGUGGGUUAUUAUGAUAACAUCAUCAUUCCCAGCGAUGGGGCUUGGUAUUGAAGCAGCUGCGCCUGAUAUUAUGGACCGACCUCCUGUAAACUCUAAGGCUGGAAUUUUUACUUGGGAAAUUAUUAUUGAUAUGAUGUGCUAUGGUGUUUUGAUUGCUAUCGUUUGUAUUUUUUCGUUUGUUGUUGUUGUUUAUGGAGCUGGAAGUGGAAACCUGGGUGAAAACUGCAAUAAUAAGUACACUGAAUCCUGCUUGUAUGUUUUCCGUGGUCGCUCUACUUCUUUUUUGACAAUGACUUGGUGUCUUUUACUUUUGGCUUGGGAAGUGAUUGAUUUGCGUCGUUCUGUUUUCGCUAUGCAUCCUGAUUCUGAGACUCCAUAUACACAAGUAUUUAAAGAUCUUUGGAGUAAUAAGUUUUUGUUUUUGUCGGUCGUUUUGGGAUUUGCCAGCGCCCCACCUUUGCUUUACAUUCCUGUUAUUAAUAAGAUCGUUUUCAAGCAUGGACCUAUUUCAUGGGAGUGGGGUAUAUCUGUUGCGUCUGUUAUUUUAUUUUUUUUGGGAUCAGAAAUGUACAAGUGGUUUAAACGCAUUUAUUUUAGAAAUAAAGAAGGGAAUAAGAUAAAAACCGAAGAAGACUUAGAAAGUGCCACUUUUUCAAAGUUUUCUUCAAUCUCAAAAGAACCGCAAGAACAUUUAAUCAUGAAAUCUAUUCAAUGA